GCAUGUUCAAUUCAAACUCAAAGAACAACACCAGGCCUGGCCUCACAACAAGUGGUGGCCCCAUAAAUUCUAGUAGUACUUUUCCCACAUCAUCAGCAUCCUCAACUAGAUCUAUCAAGCGACAAAUGUCAGCAGCAAGCCAUGCCACACUCACUAUUGGAUCUUCUAGAAUAUCAUCAGGAACACAAUCCAAUUUCAUGAAUAGGAAAGUUGGCAGCACAAUUACCGUUGGCCGACGAAAUAAUCAUGAUUUAGACAGCUUACAUAAAGAAAGUCAACUAAGAGUAGGUACAACCCCUGCACACCCAGGAAUCAUUUCCAAAUCAUCGUCUACUAAUGCUAUUCCUUUAGAUAAAGAUGAAAAUAAGUAUCCCAUCCAAUUGACUGUUUGGUUUCAUGAAUUGCGUGCCAGUCCCGAAGACAUAAUAAUAGAUUCAAGUGCAUUCCCAGGGGGUGUUCAAAUAGGACAAGUGUUUGAAUUACAAGCAUUGGAAGGAAGUGCCAAGAGGAAAAAGAAGUUGAUAUUUAUAGUAAAUGAACAUAAUUUACGUGAACAUUUAGAAGAAACAAGAGUCACAAUACCAACCAAAUCAAAAUUUCAAAUCUCCCUUCUUUCAAAUCCGUUGCAAAAUUUGCUUGAUUUGCCUGCUAGAAGUCAAGUUCAAAUUAAAAAAGUUCCUAAAUUAGAAGAUGUCACUGUUGAAUUAGUAGAAAUUUUCAUAAAGGAUGUUAAUUUAACUCGUGAUUCUAUGUGGAAUUUUUCAUCCCAACUAGUUGGAACAUGUGGAUAUGUCGAUCAAAGAUUAACUUAUUUGAGUAAUCGUACGGGGAUAAUAAAAUAUAUGUAUAAGAAUGGGAAAGAAGUAUUUUCAGGAUAUAUAAGUCAAGACACCAAAAUCAUUUUCCGUUCAGAAAGUGCAAAGUUAACCGUAUUAAUUCAGUUAUCGCUGGAAAUGUGGCAUUUUGAAGAAAAUGGAGAAAUUAUGUUUCACAAAUUAGUCAAUAAUUUAUUCCCUAGAAUUUUCCGAAGGUGGCGAGACAAAAAUACCCAUCAUUCAAUAACAAUUGUCUUGUUUGCAAGUGUUGAUCUAACAGAUAUACCAUGGACCGUGCUUUCUGAAGGGGAACGACCUCCCAACAGACGUGACUAUUACCGGGUUGUUGUUGAUCAAGUUAAUAUCUUGUAUUGGGAUAGAAUUAUGGCUAACCUAAGAUUGGAAUUUGCAAAUUUUAAGAGAGAUAUUAUGUUGAAUCGACAAGAGAACUUCAGCUACAAAAUUGAGGGAGAUUCAUUACCUUCAGUCAAAGGGAAUUUCCUCGAGGCGGUUAAUGUUGGAUUAACCUUGUUAAUAGACAGAUUUAGAAACACUGAUCUUAAGCAUUCAUUAAGUCAUUUCAUCAUGAUCACUGCUGGGACAGGAUUGUUUGAUGUUGACUAUGAUUUAUUAUUAGAAACAAGUAAGAAAAUUACCGGUAUUGACACCAGUUUAGAUAUCAUUUGUUUAAGUCAACCUCCAUUACAUGUCACACCAUUGUUUAGAUAUUUAAAAGAGGGAAAAGUUUGUUAUUGUGUUCCUAAUUGGUGUGAUAUUUCAUUUUAUAGAGAUAAAUCAGCUGCGAAUGGCCAAUGGAUUCCAAGAUGUAAAAUAUAUGAAUUACAGAUGAUGGGAGUUAUGGAAAAUGAAGUCAAUGAUGCAAGGAUACCAAGAUUUCAUGCUAAUAAUAAUGAUAGAUCAAUAUUGGAUGUUAUGAAUGAUUAUGAUGAAGCAAUUUUUAAACCAAUAAAUCACGUAGCACCACUGUCACCAAUAAGCUUCAAGACUCAAGAACCUAAAUUUGAACCACCGCCAGUGAAAGAUUCCCAAGCUACACUUUCAUUGAUAUUUAAUCCUCGUCCUGCAUUGAUGCCUUCUGAUAGUACAACCUCAACUUCCGCCGCUGUUGGAACAGUUGCCAGACCAAAUACAGAUGUAUCUGCCCUUUCAACAUUAUACACAUUAAAUAAGAAUACUGAAGGUAAACCACCAAGCCCAGGAGCACCAUCUAUUAAAAGUUUAACUCCAGUUUCUACAUUGAGGAUAAUACAUAGUCAUAGAAAGGAAAGUGAUGCUGGACCUCGAAUAAUCAAAAGUGACAAAUUUUUAAAACAAGCAAGUGAAGAUACCUUAGUUCGAAAACCACCACAAGUGAUAUCCACAUCAGGAGCUGCUACAAUCAAUACUAUUGAAGAAAAGAAGCUACUCAGGAACCGAAAGAAAUCUUCAAUACUAGUAGAACCUGAGUUAACAAAAUCAACUGAUUUAUUCUGGUGGGAAAUUUCUAACCCUUCGCAAGAGUUGAAUAAUAAUGUAUUACUUAGAUCACAAGUUAGUAGAUGGAGUAAUGUGUUUCCUUCCAAAGCUAAAAGGAAAAUGAUUAAAUGGAGAUCAUUUCAAGCACCCGCUGCAUUACCUAUCAGUACUGAGGUAUUCCCCAGUCCUAGGCAACUUGAAAGUGAUUAUACAUUCCAAAUUUAUACUGUAUUUUUAAACUAUGAAAAUUAUUUGGAAUUAUCAACUACUUCUCAAUUAAUGAAAGAAAUGAUUCAGUUAAGAUUAUUAUUAGGGUUUCAAAUAUGUUAUGGUGAAAGAGUCAAACGGGCUGAAAUGGAAAGAAAACCAGCUGGAAGUCCAGAAAGUGUAAUUAAGUACUUCCCUGAAAGUUCUUGCUUAGGAUCAAGAAUAUAUAUGAUGUUAGAUGAUGAAAUUCAUAGGAUUUUCUGUGAUUAUAGUGGGAAUUUGAAUGUUCAAUUAUAUAGAAGAACAGAUAAAGAUAAUAUUCCACAUAAGAUAACAUUGGGACAAUCCAAAAUAAAACCAUAUUUCCCGUUAAUUAGAACAAGAUAUGCUGAUGAUUAUACUCCAACAAUGGUAGAUUCAAUUUCUGUUCAGCCUCAGAAAUAUAAUUGGAACCAAUUUGAUCAAUUAAUUGCCGGAUUUGAUGAUGCCAUGCCCGAAAGUAAAAAGGAAUUCCAUAAAAUGAAAUUUGUUGUUUUGCCAACUGAUAUACCUAAAAAUGCCUAUUUUAUAUCCAAUGAAAAUUUAAGUCCGGAAGAAAUCAGAGUUGAAGGGUUAAGAAAAUUAAUUGCGGUUAUUGAAAGAGGUACCUAUAAGAAAAAUAACACGAGUGUUAAAUCAAAAAAGGAAGAACGAUUUUCUGAUAUGAUAUUUUAUACCGGCAAUCUAUAUGAUUUCUUAAAGGAAGAAGCAGAUAAUUAUGACAUGACGGGUGCUCAACCAACUUUAAUGCUUCCUGAAAAUGUUCGAUUUGACAAGUCAAUCAAGCUUGCCGAUCUAGCAAAGGAAAUGCAAGGUCCAUCUGGGUUAAAGUUAGUUGAUAGAACUUGGCAUUUUAAACGACAUUUAGAUUGUUUUGUUGGAAGUGAAUUGGUAACAUGGCUUUUGGAAUGUUUUGAAGAUAUUGACAGCCGUGAAGAAGCUACUAGUUACGGACAAAGUUUAAUGACUAGGGGGCUAUUCAAACACGUGGAACUGAGGCAUGGUCUAUUGGAUGGAUAUUAUUUCUAUCGGUUUGCGGAUGAAUAUUUUGAAAAGACUGCAAGAACAUGGUUUGGUACAAAACGUGACGGGCAGCUUACUCCCAAGAAAUCUGAUAAUGAUUUACCUAAACUUCCAGGGGUUGAUGAUUUGCAAAAACUCACAAAGAUCUCUUCAAGGAAUGUAGAAUCGGAAUCAUCAUCUAUGACUGAUUCUGGAAGUAGAAGAAGAAGAAAAUUCAUUCUCAGUAAGUCAAUCAAAUUUGAUGUUGAUCCAUUGAAGAAAUCCUACCGUCCGGAAUUGGUAACUGUUCAUUAUGAUCGUGUACAUAACCCUGAACAUUGUUAUCAUAUUCGUUUGCAAUGGUUGAAUACAACUACAAAAUUCAUUGAAGAUACAAUUACAGCCUGGUCUAGAUUGUGCGAGAGACAUGGGUUGAAAUUAAUUGAAACCCCUUGGAAAGAGUUAUGUGCUGUGCCUACAAUCAGUCCAUUUCAUUCAUUCGUUGAAAUGAUAUUACUGCUUGAUCCUUGGUUAGAUCCAGAGUUUGUAGAUGAUACUAUCUUAUCAUCAAAUAGGUAUUAUUUCCAUUUGUAUUUCUUAAAGAAAUUGGAGUUUUUAUUGGAUAACCGGUCAACUUCAUUCUUUCUGAAUGAAAAUGUUGAUAUUACUUAUAGUUGGGGUAAACCUACUUUCAAGUAUGCACAAUUCAUACACAAAACAGGAGCAUAUAUUAUUGAAUUAAGAAGUAGUGGUGGGUUUUUCUUAGCACCUAACAAUAUCCAUUUAACUAGAAUUAAUUCAUCAAUGCCUUCAAAGGGGGACUAUGAUAAUGCCAACCCUUCUAAGAUUAACACCUUAGAUUCACAAAAGGUUAUGUUAAAAUUUAGAGCAGCAUGUCAGAAUAAAGAGUUCUUACGAGAAAUAUUUAGGGAAGCCAAGGAAACUUGGAAAGAGCAAUAUCUUUCUCCAAUCUCAUAGAGUAAACUUUAUAAAUAUGUAUAUAGAAAAUACAAAAAGGUCUAUACUUACUUAGCGAUUCUUUCAGCAAUCUUGAUAGUAUCAGCUAAAACCCCGUGAGCAGUGACUUCAGAGCCGGCACCAGCACCUUGGAUAAUCAAUGGGUUUGGAUAUCUCUCGGUCUUGAUAGAAACAACAUUGUCACUUCCCUUUAAUGAAGCGAAUGGAUGAUCAAAUCCAUAUUUACCAAUACCAACAGAAACCUUGUUAGUUUCCAAAUCAACUUGACCAACAAAUCUUAAAACCUUGUUUUCAGCAAAAGCUUCAUCCUUAACUUUUUGGAUAUCGUUGUCGUAGUUUGGUAACUUUUCCAUGAAUUCAGCAACACUUUGAACGCCUUCUAAUUCCUUUGGAAUUAAAGAUUGGACUGGGAAUGAAGUUGGGCUUUCAACUUCUAAACCAGAAAUUCUGGCCAAGAUUGUGACUUUUCGGGCAACAUCUAAACCGUUCAAAUCAUCUCUUGGAUCAGGUUCGGUGUAUCCUAAUUGUUUAGCAACCUUAACAACAUCAGAAAACUUAACAUUCGAAGGCUCGGUGGUGGAGAAUUCGUUGAAGAUAUAAGAUAAAGUACCAGAGAAAAUACCUUCAAUUUUAACAACUUUAUCACCAGUAGUAACCAAGUCUUUUAAUGGAAGGAUAAUUGGUAAACCAGCACCAACAGUUGAUUCGUGGUAUACUAAACCAGCGCCUUCAACCUUACUGCUUUCAAAGAUAUCAUUCCAGAUCUUAAGGCUCGAAGAGAAAGCUUUCUUGUUUGGAGUAGCAAUGGAAAUGCCCAGCUUAAUAAAAGUUGGAUAAAAAUUGGCGAUAGCUUCACUGGAAGUGUUAUCAACAAAGAUUGUAGGUUUGCCAGAAUCUUUCAAGUAAGAAACUAAAUCAUCCAAACUUAAUGGUUGUUGAGUUUCAGUUGUUGUAUAAGUAGACAAAUCAACUGGUUUGUAAUCCUUGGAGAAAAGUGCUUGGGAGGUAUUCAAUGCCAAGUAGAUAACAUUGUACUUGAUGGCAGUUUUCAAAUUAUUCAAUUGAUUGAUGAAUGCUGAUCCAACAACACCUGAUCCGAUAAUAGCAACGUUGACUGAUUUAGACAUUGUAUUCUGUAUGGUAGAGUUCAAUGAAUCACAAUUAGUC